AUGGCUCACGAAAACGUUUGGAACUCUCAUCCUCGCAGAUUUGGUAAGGGUAGCAGACAAUGUGCUCACACUGGUCGCCGUCUUGGUUUGAUCCGCAAGUACGGUUUGAACAUCUCUCGUCAAAGUUUCCGUGAGUUUGCCAACGACAUUGGCUUUUACAAGUACCGUUAA